AUGGCAUCAGUAAUAGUUGUCGACAACGACUUGAAAGAUUCGAUCAAAGAGUACGCUCAAGUCCUUGAUGGUCUUAAUGGCAACACCGAGCUCGCGACAAAAGUUGAGUCUUUAUUACCCACCCAGCAAGAUCAAUCCAUUACCAACAAAAAGGAGUUAUACACUACACUCCAGCAAGCAUCUACUGUGGACACUUUGAAGAAGUUAACAGAUAAAGAGUUUGAGCCUACCAUUUACUUGUUGAUUCAUAUUCUUUCAGAAUUGGACUCUGUUGAUGCAGUGUUGAAUAAUGAAUCAUCACCUGUCUACAACCUAGUUUUGUCUGUUAACCCCCAGCAACCAUUAUCCUUAAGGGACAGGAAAUCAAUCAGAUCUACCUCAGUAUUGUCUAUCUUGAGUACAAUCUUCAACUUGAUACCUAGCAAUUCUAAAACGAGGAUAUAUGUGAUUCAACAAAUUUUAAAAGUCAUCAAGACUUCAGAUGUUGAAUUUAAUGCUAUUGAAGAUAACAUAUCGGCAAACUUGGUCAACUGGUUACAAGAGAGUAAUGCACUGGAAGAUGAAAUCAAGUCGAUUUUCUGGGACUUUAUCGAAUUGGACACUGGAUAUUCAUUGAAAUCAUUAAACUUUAUCAAAUCCUUUACUCAUAAAUUUGCCGUCUCGGAGCCUGAAUUGACCAAAUUGAUCAAGUUUGCGUUAUCUUCCAAAGUUGUUGAUGUUUCAUUCUUGGUUAACAACAAUGUCGCCUCAGCAUUGAAGAAGAAUACCAAUGACAAAUUGAUCCAACUUUUUACAAACUACGUCAAGGGAGAAAUACUCCCAACUGAAGAUAUUUCAUCCACUGACUCGUCAUUACCUGCAAAUUUCAUACAUCAAAAAUCAAGAAUCUUGAACUUGGCUAGAUUUUUCGCAAACAAAUCCUUGUCACCAGAUCACGACGAUAUUGUUUUCAAAUAUAGCGAGAUUGAAAAUGUGUCAAGCUCAAUUGAGUUGGAAGAAUUGUUGGUUGAAGCCAUCAAAGCUGGUGUAUUGGAGGGUAAGAUUAAUCAAAUUGAGGAGACUUUCUUGUUGAGUAGAGUCAACAGAUUCUUAUUGGCUGGGGAAGAAGAGGCAAAUGUUGAAAACUGGAAUCUUGUUAAAAAGUCAUUGCAACAAUGGUUAGAUUCAAUCACCAACAUCGAUGAUAUUGUUAGAACUACUAGGGAAAACAUUGUAAACAGUAGUGCUAAUUAG